AGAAUGCACUACCAUAGGAGAGGCUGCUCACCCAGAGAUUGCAAGUGUCUCUCUUGAAAUCAAAUUAGAAAGGCAUGUCAGUAUUGAUAGUUCUGUGUCUACACUGUCAGAAGCUGAAACAGUGAUUCAUGUUCCAAUAGGAAGUCUGCCCAAGAAGAUAUCUGAGACAGCAUCAGUGAAAGAUGACAGUCAAAUUGGAGUAAAGAGUGGAGAAGCCAAGGACCCAUUAGUAAGAUCAGUAUCUGAAGAAUUGAUUACAAAGACUGGAAACCAAGGUGGAAUAAAGCAAAUCGGUAAGUCACCUACUGUUCUUGAAGCUGUUGAGAGUGUAAAAGAAGACAUGAAGAAAGAUGAGGACAAAGAGGAAGAAGUUACAUCUUAUGUUGAAGUGAAACCAAUUCAAGAGAAAGAAUUCAGAGAUGAUACUGGAUAUCAAAGGGCAGAAGUAGUCACAACUGGAAGAAAAAUAGAUGAUGACAUGCGAGGCUGUUCUGUGGAAAUAAUUUCAAGUGUGCCAAUACAUGAACAUGAGUAUCUAUCCUAUUGAAAGUUUACAUCAGUACUUUGCCAGUUAAAGU